GGUGCAGGCUUUGCUCUCCGUCGCCCAGAACUUGGUCUCCACUCCCUGGCUCACGCAGCUGCUGCGGAGGUGCGCUGCCCUGGCGCCCUCGUUGGAGCUGUUGCUCGUGGGCUGGAGUUACGGCAAUCACUUCGCCUGCCAUGCUGCUCGCCAGUUGGAGACGCUCGGGAUCUCACCGCGCGGCAUCUGCACACUGGACGACCGGGCCUCGAAGCCGCCACGUGGAGUCGUCGAUCCUGACAACAUCUGCCAGACGAGGCCUCGCGUCCGCAUUUCGACCGCUGCACUGGAGUUCGUGAGCCCCUGCCAUUUCGUGAGAAAGGAGUCCGGCCUAGAUCCCGUUCGGCUCAUCUUCGGCACCAACGAC